AAUGAGUUGAUACAUAUAAAGAAUAUAGUACCAUGCCUAGCACAUGGCACAUACUUUGUGUUAGCUGUGGUUAUUUUCAGGAAAUUCGAGUGCCAAUUAAACACAUGGAAAGUUGUUUAAACCAAUUGUUUAAAGACCUCUUAAUCCCUCCACAGCUGAUUUAGGACUAAAUAGCAUUGCUAGAUUAUUGUCGGGACAGUACUAACUUAAAGAAAAACAACAACAUGUCUACUUCUGCCUGCACUUUAGCCACUUCACCUGCAUGAUUGGAGGAAGAUCAACAAUGGCCGCUGUGAGGAAGGUCACUGACAAGCGGCAUAACCCAGUGGAAAGCAUCUGUAGAAAAAUCAGAGCCAUCCAAAAGAGAGAAGACACUUCAGAUCCAGUUCGACAGAUUCUCAAAUACCAGUCAAGCAGUUUUGAUAGUCCGCAGAUUAACACCGAGAAAGAUAUUGAAGAGGUUCUGAAGAACAUGGCGACCACUCCUAUUCCCUCGCCCAACACUUUCUUCUCAAGUACCACGAGAGACGAUGCCAUCAUUCCAUCUCCUCAAGUAAGGUCUCCAAGAACCCCAUCCAUUUCUCAUCUCCGCUCUCCCGAGAAUGCCACAUAUCCUGUUCUUCUCACAAGUUCUGAACACCUCUCAAGGCCAAGACCUGAGAGCUGUCAGAAUUCUUCAUCCUGGGCAUCACAGACCAGGAAGGGGGAGCACUUCUCUACCAAGGAUUUGAAUAACCAUUGUGAAAAUCAUUUUAAUGCCUUAACACUUGACUUUGAUUCAACCUCUGAUAAAAACUCUGAAUGUCUUACUCCUCAGGAAUCAGUGGUGAAAAAAUUAUCUCUAAAUGAAGCUGGUUCAGUAGGAGUUGCCAAAAUAAUAGAUUAUCUGAGACAAGAAAGUAGUCAAAAUUAUGAAGAUAGUGGACUUGAGGAGCUAUGGAACAUACUUGAUCCUAAAAAGGGAGACCUGCAUGUGGACCUGGAAAUUUUUCGUGCCAUCAUGAAAGAAUGGAUGGCUUGCUGUAGAAUCAAAUGCCGGGACAGAAUGAGAGGUGCAUCAGGAGGCAGGAUCGAUGAUUCCGUUUUUGAACAGGACAGCAUAAAAUCAAGUAGAGCAAUUAAGAUGACCACAGAUAAAACAGAACCUACGUCACGGAGCUUCGAGGCUUUGAGUGGAGAUUCGUCUAAAGGAGUCUUAGAGGAGUCUGAUUUGAUGACCUAUGUAGCAGACCUGCAUUCUAACAAGCAGAAAUUGGAGGAGGAAAAUAAUAAGUUUAAAUCAGCAUUAGAAACCUUGGAGGACGCUAACUGCCAGUUAUCAAAGGAUUGUACUGAAUUGCGCCAUCAGAUAAAAAGUGCCCACCAAGCUAUUAUGAGAACAAAUCUGUUAGAAGAAGAGCUGGAGGAACUGAAAAUUGGUAUGAAUGCUUCUGAAGAGCAGAAGACCGUGAUUGUAGCCCAGAACAAACAAUUAGAGACAGAAAACCGGGCUCUGAUUCUUAAGAUUCGGAUUCUCCAAGAAGAGAAUACUAAGAACAUUAUGGAUAUAUAUAAAUUGGAAAAGAAGAUUGAGGAAUUGUCUAAAACUGAGACAGAGCAUCAAAUGCAGUUACAUACAUAUGAGAACACUUUGCUUAAUAAAGAUGCAAGCUUGCGGAAGAAGGAUUUAAGUAUAGAAGAACUUAAGUCAACCAUCAUAGAAUAUGGAACCAUUAUAGAGAAUUUACGAGGGGAUAAAAACAAACUGACUCAUGAGUUACAGCAUUUGCAACAGGAACUUAUUAUAAAUGGGAUCCCGUUGAAUAUUAGUGGAGAGUGUAAUAGAAUCAUCUCUGAAGAAGAAAAAUCUUUACAUUGUGAACUCAUUCUUGCUCAGUCUGCAGAGCGUGAAGAAGUUUCCGAAGUUGAAACCAUCACGGGUAGCACUCUACAGUGGGAAACUGAUUCAGAAAUUACUGUGAAAGAAAAGUGGGAGAACAAGCUUACUGAAGUCAAGUAUAUAAUGGAGGAGAAACUAAAUCUUUGCAUAUUAAUGCUGAACAGCUUGGGAAACCACAAAGAAUCUCUUGAUAGAGAAUUUGUCAAAUUAAUAGAGAUUUUGAAGAGAUUCAGGAUGGAAUACUUUUAUUUCAGAGAAGAAUUUCUUUCCAGGCAGAAUCAAAGAGAAGCUCUUGAACAAGUGCAAGGAGUUGCUGUCAAGCAGGAAGCUAUUGUUAGGAAGAAAGUCCAAGGAACCAGCCAAUGGCCGGAGGACCGAGCGGAGCAGGUAGGGUAGCCUGUGACUACUUUAUAUUCAAGGGGAAGGUUCCUCAGAUGUUCUUGAAACCACGAAGUAAAAAAUGGAGGAGGAACAGAAAAAAAAAAAAAAAAAAAAAAAACCCGAAGAGGAACUGUGAAGUUCAGUCCCCGGCGACCAGCAGUGAGCGGAGGAAGUACAGGGGGAGUUGUAAAAGAGGCGGUGUCAACAGCCUGCUGAGGAAAGAGGCAUCUUUGCAGAAAGAGGCAACUUGACAUAUCAGGACUUUUACCGCUGUAGAGAUAGCUCCGGUAUACAAAGCCCAUGCAAACACAGAAUUGCAGAAGUUCAGUAGAGGCUUAUCACUUCCCUGAGAAGAAAAGCACAUUUUCAGUUUCGUGUGCAUACUACCAGGGGACGCUCAAUUGCUUUCUUUCCCCGCCACCCUGCUAAAAU